ACGUACUCUUCAAUCAAGCGUAAACACAGUCAGCCCUCAGCCUAAAAAUCUAUCAUGGCUUCACCUCCAGCCUCAACUAAAGUAGUUCACGAUUUCUACCCCAGAUUUCGCGUCUACGAGGACGGCCGCAUCGAGAGGUUUCACAAAUAUGUUUCUGUCCCUCCCACCGACAACCCAGAAACCGGCGUUCAAUCCAAAGACGUCGUCAUUGUACCAGAAAACAACGUUUGGGUCCGAAUGUACCUUCCCAAGGUCACCGACGUUGCCCAGAAAUUCCCCGUUCUAGUCUACAUUCACGGCGGCGCCUUCACGCUCGAGUCCGCCUCGUCCUCUUCCUACGACACGUUUCUCCACUCCGUAACAGCCAAAGCCAACGUUGUAACCGUUUCAGUUGAGUACAGGCUGGCCCCGGAGCACAAACUCCCGGCGUGUUACGAGGAUGCCUGGGCGGUUAUGCAGUGGGUCAGGCAAGGAUCCGACCCGUGGCUGAAAACUCACGCGGAUCUCUCCAGGGGUUUCUUGGCCGGGGAUAGCGCCGGAGCCAACAUCUCACACUACAUGAUGGUGAAGACAGGCGAGGACAAUUCUGAAGAUUGUUUAAAACCCGUGGGGAUGAUUUUGACCCACCCGUAUUUCGUGGGCAGCACCGAGGUCGAUAGGAUAUGGGAUUUUGUUUAUCCUGACCGCCCGGCCUCCGGGGACGACCCGAAGGCGAACCCGGCGGCCAUUCCGGGUCUUCUCUCGCAGCUUGGCUGCUCGAAAAUUAUGGUGUGUAUUGCGGAGAAGGAUUUCAUAAGAGACAGAGGAUUGAUGUAUUAUGAGGCUCUGAAGAACAGUGGCUGGGGUGGCCAACUGGAGCUCGUGGAUUCCGAUGGCGAAGAACACGUUUUUCAUUUGUGGAAUCCGACAUGCGAUCAGGCGCAUUUAUUGAUGAAUCGUAUCGUGUCUUUCCUGAGCAGCACCUAAAGUUAAUUUUCAUCCUCCUGUAUUCAAGUUGUUGUUUCCUAUUUCUGGUUGUUUGGAAAAACUUUUACGUGUUGUUUGUAAAUCCAAAAAUGACUUUCCUAAAUCAUUUUUGGAAUUUGUAUGUGUUUGGAUAUUCAAUAAAAAUAAAAGCUAAAAAAAAUAUUGAUUAUGAUCCACAAAAAAAUAGCUCAAUUUGACAAAAAA